AGGGCCGCGUCACACCGAGGGGGGGAAUCCCGGGUGACGUCGAGGGCAGCCCUGGCGGGCGUCGUGCGGGGUGUCCCGCUGCGCUCCCGCCCCGCCGUCGGUGCCGGUACCGCGGCACCGGUACCGCGGCGGCGGGCGGGUAGGGCGGCGGCGGCCGCCGCCCCACGGCGGAUGGGCAUCCGCGGGUGUCCGGUAGGGUGCGGGGGCGGGGCGAGGAGGAGAGGAGAGAGGCCCCGCGCGGGGAGGACCGUCGUGCGCCAGAUGUUUGGCAGCGGUUGCGAGAGGAGGUGUCUGCCGGGGCCCUGAGUCCCGCCCGAACCGCGCCGGCGUCAGGCAGGGGCCCCCGCCAUGGCCCACACGGUUCCACCGGCAGCGCCCCCGCCGCCCCCGGGACCACCGGCCCGCGGUUCCCUCAGCCUCCACCACGCCUACCUGCGGAGCCCGCUGGGCCUGCUGCGCCUCGGGCAGCUGGCGCUGGGCGCUGCCUUCUGGGUGACGGUGGCGGCUCACAAGUACGAGGGAGCGGCCCACUUCGCCCUCUUCGCUGCCGUCCUGGUCUGGCUCCUCACCCUGGCUCUCUUUGGGCUGAGCCUGCUGGGACGCUGGGCGCUGGUGCCCUGGCUGGGCUCCCGCUGGCUCCUCACCAACCUGAUCCACGACCUGGCACUGGGCGUGGGGCUCUACGCCGCUGCCACCGGCAUUAUGGGCUACAAGGCUGGGCAGAAGAGCUACUGUAACCUGCCGGGUUACAGCCAGCACUGCCUCUACAGCGCCUACCUGGGUGCCUCUGUCUGCGGGGGCAUCGCUGCCUGCCUGUACCUCUUCUCUGGGCUCUACUGCCUGUCACGGCGCUGCCGGGACCAGCGCGACAUCAUCUGAGACCCUGCGACACUCAGCUCCCCUUCUCCUCACCCAUGGACAGAGUGCAGCCCCGCUUUCGGGACAAAGCGACCCUGCCACCCCAUCCCCUCCUGGCUGACUGCACCACGCUUCCUCUGGAGACUCCUGCGCAGAUGGAUGGACAGACAGAAGUAUGGCUUCCCCUGCAUCCCACCAUGACAGCGUGGACACCCAGCCGCUACGCAGGCCCUUCGCCCACCCCUGGACAGAUGUAGCCUAUUGCAAAUGGAAGGACACAAUCGGAGAGUCCCUAAGAGGGACCCCAAUUUCUGGGACCCCCCCCAGAAAUCCCAACAACCCUGCCCCUGGCCUUGCAGGUUCUGCGUGCUCAGGUGGGUGCUGACCUGUCCCUGGGGUGGAGGAGAAUUGGCCUGGGGGAGCUGAGCAGGGGAAAGUGGUGUGUAGUGGGGUUGGGUGGGCAUAACCCCCCCAAGCUGCUGGCAGCCCCCUCCUGCCGUUCACAGCUGCACGGUGCCUCUGCACUUUCCUAACAGAGGCUCUGAUCUCAGCUUCCCCAGCCCGGGCCCCUCCUGAACAUGUCUGCCGUCUUGCCGGAACCCCAUAGGGCUCAGCCUCUCCCUCCCUCACGCUCUGGGGGUGUGGGGACACCCAGGUCCCAGACAGCCUGACCCAGCAUCACCCCGGACACCCUGUCCCACCUGGGGGCUGAGCCCACGCAGGGCGGUGAGGCUCUCAUCGCUGCAGGGCAAGGGGAAGUGUGAGUGGGGCCAGAGCCUGGUCCUGUGACCCGGGGCUGGGGGUAAAUUCCUCCUGCCUUGGGGCUCGUACUGCCUGGGGACGGGGUCAGGUGCCCCUGGGGGAGAAGGGAGCGGGGUUCUGGGUCCUGCCCUCCUGCAGCGAGGGUUGUGGCUCUGAGCCAUCCAGAGCCACCAAGCUUGCCCUGGGGCCCGGCUGUUCUUGCAGGGACAGUCACGGCCUUGCCGGUGGCGCUGGAGACUGAUGUGCAGCCCUGCCUGGCACUGCAGCGCUGGGAUUAUCGUCCCAGAAAAGUCUUGUCUCGGGACUCUCUGGCUCCAUCUCAGGGUCCUGCGCUGCCAGAGACUGUGGCGAGGCGGAGAGGAAGGGUGAGCACGGCAGCGUGGCGAUGCUGGGCUGCCGCUGCCGCUGUAGCCCUGGGGGAGCUGGGGCCAGGCGUCACAGGGACACAGCCUGUCUCAGGGAACAGGAGAAGAGGAUGCUGGUGGCCCUGGAUCAGCCUCUGCAGCCCACUGAGCCCUGAGGGGGCUGCGUGGGGCUGACUGGAGUGAUUGGCAGCCAGAGACUGGGACUUUUUGGAGGAGCACCACGCCGGGGCUGCCCUGCCAGGAUCCCUCCUUGCCCUGCCUGGGGGCAGGUUUUCUCUGUCAUGCCCAGUGCAAGGGAGGGUCUGCCCCAGUCCCUGCAUGGGCUCGGAUCGGUGGGAUGUGUGUCCCCAGCAGCCGGCUACAGGCUCCCUGGUGCCUUUUUUGGAGUGAAGAGCAGCAGCAUGAUCUGUCCUAGGCACAGAGGGGUCCAGGGUUGGCACUGGGUCACUGCUUCCAUUGCAGGGUGCUGUCCCAGAUGAUCCUGCCUUGUGUUUGGGGCCCUGCCAGCCCCUGGGCCAUCUACCCCUUCCCUGAGCAGGACGUGCUGUCCCUACCCUGUGUCAGGGCUGGUCCCUGACACCGCCUGCCCUGGCCUGCUCCAGUGCAGCCCCUGGCCCAGGUUGCCUGAGACGCCCGGCUGGGCUUCUGCUGCCACAAGUGCCUUUCUCCGGCUUCCUGCGGCCCUGCCUGUCAUGCCGGUUCUGUACCCCUCCAGCCCCCUCUCCAGUGCCUAUGGAUUCAUUUUCCAAAUAAAGCAAUGUUGGCGCUCA